AUGUCGCGGAGUUGUUGUUACUGGUUAGGGCUAGUGAUCGGCUGUCUAGUGCGAGGAUCGUACGUAAUCGAGGCGCGAGUUUUAUUAAGUGCGGAACCCACAGCGUCAACGACAAACGAUACCCAUUCUCCUACCCUUCAGCGACACCUGUUGAAUCGAGCCCGUAAUUGUUUUGAUAGUGGCCAGCUGAUGGAAUGUUUUCGUGGUGAAGUGCUUCGACUUCUUGAUCGAGCUAUCGACUCGAACGUGACGUUUCGUGUGACUCCAUUUGUAACCGUGCGCCGAAAUCCGGAUUGGUCCAGUAGUAGUGCACGCAUCCCCACGGAUAUUGCCCGUCUUUCCGGUUGGUCUGGACUGUUCCGGAAGGUGCGCGAGCUGCUACUCUCUCGACUGUUUCAGCUCAGUUUGGUGGAUGUCGAUGGACGAGCGCUGCUUGACUCCACGGACGAGGGCCGUGGCAAAAAGCACAAAAACAAGGGUGGUAUGUUCUCGAUGGCACUGAUGGCACUGAUGGCGAUGAUAGCGCAGGUCAUUCUUGGCAAGGUAGCCGUCCUGGCAGCGGUCGCCCUGAUCAUGGCGAAGAUCGCACUGGUCUUCUCCACCUUGAAUGGGCUGAAGAAAUCGAACGGUUCCGGCGGAGGACAUGCGGCCGAACACGUCGUCUACGAACACUCCAGCCAUGGGGGUGGCGGUGGAGGAGGUGGUGGCUGGCAGCGCAGUAUCGAGCCACGGAAGCCCUAUCAGCGCUACCACUACUACGAGGAGGACGAUCUACCAUACUGGAAGCGACGCCCCGAGCACGAUUAUCAGGAUGCAUACGAAGGCGCCUAAAUGUAGACAAUGCUCCAUACUUUGUAAAUAGCUCCAAUUAGCCGGGUAGGAAAAAUAGCAGAGAAACAGACCUCGUUACCUUAACAUGGAACGCUUUUCACGGCAGCAAAAAAAAAAAAGAAAACCACUCCCCAAGCCUGCAGGUCUUGAAUGAGCAUCAGCGGCGGCCCUGAUUAUGGGAAGUAUAGGCAUUAAAAUUAACCCACUGCAGCUGCAUCUUAAUAGACCACUUAAGUCCUUGAGGACUCUCGUACGUUCGCACAUCAAACCAUCGCUAAUAGCCGUGUGACUACCGAUCGAUUGCGUGGGAAAUCUGGUCAAUGACCGACGGGAAUGGGUUGUUGCUACUGCAAAACAAUUAUAUCACAACCUUCAGCUGGUAAAGGGUGAUGAUUCUCAAGCACAAUAUUAGGGGCUGUGGUUUAAAGCCCCCAUCUAAGGGGGCGUGCAGAGCUACCACCGUAAUCGAUUUCACUUUCAUGUCACGACACUACUCCGCUACUACACUAUCCAACGUUUUGUUAUGAAAUCGUCUCCAUUGGGGAAACGAUUUAAAACGAACGGAAAUCGCAAUACUUCGCCUGUCACCCCGACAGGCAGCACACUUAAUCCGAUCGCCGGCUUAAGCCAUUUUUACACACCUCACCCGCUACAACUUCCUUCCGCAUUCUGUGGGCCGAUUGGAAAAUGGGAAACCGUUGUUCUUUUCUCUCUUGCGCUUCUGCGUAAGUGGCUUCUUGUUCGCUGUUUCCUUGUCUUCACUUUCCCGCUGAUGAGCUGCUAAACGACACAUGGGUCAGAUCGUGAGCAAGCAUUCGAAACAGCAAGCUUAACCAUGCUUUGCCUGCAGUUUUAUAUCCAUCCUCUUGUAGGUGUGCCCCGGAUUCUUGAUGUUAUAUUAUGGUGAAAAUUAGAAAACGCUUUCCAUUUUUUUACAACUCACGACCUUUCUUGGGGGCUAAACGUAGGGGAUUAAUUUUGUGCGAUAAAUUCUAACGAUAACGCCCAGUAGGGAUGUAUACGAUCAUACGUUAUUGUGCAGAUAAUCCUAAAAAUCAAUAGAUUUAAAUAGGGUGAAUGAUAAAUGAUACCGACUGCAACACUAUAAA